AUGCAGGUGAAGAUACUCUUGCUAGUGCUAAAUGCGCUUUCUCUGCUGCCGUUGACAGAGGCGUGGACAUUUGUUUGGCGAAAUGCAUCGGAUGCGUCAUUUGUCGAGCAUUCGAAAAGUUCUAUGUCCUGUACAAAGAUCAGCAACCCCAAGGGAAAGCUGUUUGAGUAUGAUUCUGAAGAGGGUCCGUUUGAGAUCUCUUUAUACGGAAACAGUGACUGCUCGGGUGUGGCAGGUGGGUGGGCAUCUCAUUUUCUCAGCAAGAAUGCGUCCGCAGCGAUAAAUUCGUUCAAGGUCGAUUCAAGCGCGAGUACCACAUCUUCAAUGACCACGACGAGUUCGUCUACCUCCACACAACCCGCAACUAGUACCACACCGACGAACACGUCGUCAUCUGGAUCUGGAUCUGGAUCUGAGACUAGGUUAUCUGGCGGAUCAAUCGCAGGAAUCGUCAUCGGUGUGGUAGCAGGUGUUGCGAUAUUCGGGGGGAAUUUUAUUUUUCAUCGGUCAACGUCGUCGGGCACCUUCGCAAAACCUAGUGCCUAA